UGAGCUCACACAAAAAGACAGCUAAAUUGCAUAGAGAGAGGGUUGCUUGAAAUUUGCAAUCAAUCAAUAGAGAGAGCUUUUUAGAUCCGACCCGACCCGACGAUGACGAUCGUUAAACCGUCGUUGUUCCCCGGCGGCGGAUCUUCGCCGUUAUGUUCACUCAAAAGCUCACUCCUCACCGUCGCUAUUCUCACUUUCGUCUCCCUCUUCUACCUCUCCCACAAUUCCUUGCGCACUUCGCCGCCGUCUCCGGUCGUGGUAACGCCGAUUCAUGUUCCUCAAACCUUCGCGAAGGAAGACAAGACCGAUAACAACGACGACGACGGCACAGCACCGACGACGGGAGAAGAUAAUUAUUCCGAUGUUUAUCACUCGCCGGAGUCUUUCCGAUUGAAUUACGCCGAGAUGGAGAAGAGAUUCAAGGUUUAUAUUUAUCCCGACGGAGAUCCGAACACGUUGCAGGGAACGUCAUAUGAAAACAUGACUGUGAUUGUUCAAGAUUAUGUUGAUGGAUUGAUAGCUAAGUAUCCUUAUUGGAAUAGAACCUUAGGAGCUGAUCACUUCUUUGUCACCUGUCACGAUGUUGGCGUUAGAGCAUUCGAAGGAUCUCCGCUUCUGAUUAAGAAUAUAAUUAGGGUUGUGUGCUCACCGAGCUACAAUGUCGGUUUUAUUCCUCACAAAGAUGUUGCUUUGCCUCAAGUUCUUCAGCCUUUUGCACUCCCUGCCGGUGGCAAUGAUGUUGAGAAUCGGACAACCCUUGGUUUUUGGGCUGGUCAUCGGAAUUCCAAGAUACGGGUAAUACUUGCCCGUGUGUGGGAAAACGACACAGAGCUUGAUAUUUCAAACAACAGAAUUAACAGGGCGACAGGGCAUUUAGUGUACCAGAAGAGAUUCUACAGGACUAAAUUCUGCAUAUGCCCUGGCGGUUCUCAAGUCAACAGCGCUCGCAUAACUGACUCGAUCCAUUAUGGAUGUGUCCCUGUCAUAUUAUCAGACUACUACGACCUCCCUUUCAACGACAUCCUGGAUUGGCGAAAAUUUGCGGUUGUACUCAGAGAGCGAGAUGUCUAUAACCUUAAGCAGAUCCUGAAGAACAUACCUCAGUCGGAAUUUGUUUCGUUACAUAACAAUUUGGUGAAGGUGCAGAAGCAUAUUCAGUGGAACUCACCUCCUGUCAAAUUCGACGCAUUCCACAUGAUCAUGUAUGAACUAUGGUUACGCCACCAUGUCAUCAAGUACUGAUGGAAGACUUUAUUUUAUUUAUUUUUUUCUUUUCUUCAAUUGCGUAGUAGAUACAGUCCCAAGCAAAGAAAGAGCUAGCAUGUACACCUCUUGUAAUUUUUAAUAUCAUAGCUUAUAACAGUAACACGGAACAACAACAUAUCAUUCUUUGAGAAAAAUUCAUUAUUUUUGUGUA